AUUUAUACAGGAUAGCCACAUCAGUGUUGGAAACAAAAAAUGAUAAAACUUAGACUGUCUCAGCUCAAUCAAACAUAGUAACAUACAACUCUCUGCAACAUUCAACAUCCCACUAAAUUUCCUUACAUGGUUUGGGUAAACUCAAAGCUAUGGUAACAUUCACUUGCCGACAUUAAUUCCCCGUCAAAGUGCGAAAGUUAUAACCACUAAGCUACCGCUAUAUACUUCAAGGUAUCUGAAAAUCGAGAUAGUAAGGACUGAUCAGUAAUACAUUUAUCAUCACUAUCACCCAAUUUCAGUAUAGGUUGUUAAUAUCUGGUUAUUCACGCCUAGAAUAUGUAUUGCUAUUACCUAGCUCAAUACAAGGUAUUACCUAGUCAGUAGUUGUGACUAUUUGUUUCAACCAAGUUGCAGAUCUCGAGUUAUUGGGUUGUCAGCAAAAAAUUAAAAGGCCUGAGAUGAGCAAACAAGUGUGGCAACAAAAAUUAUGAUUUUGUACUUGUUCGUACUGAUUGGAUGGGUUUUUGUGAUCUAUGCUGGCUACAGAAUUUCUGAAAUGGAGUUGAAGAGUUGAUUGUUGCCUAUCUAAAUGAAAGAAGAAAACUUGUCAGUCAAUAUGAGAACCCUAUUUAGGACAACUGGCUCGUUGUCGUAUCGGACACAGAUAUGUUUCGCUGUGUUCUUAAUUUUAAUGUUUUCAGUUAUAUGGUUUGUCAAUUCAAAUGCACGUUUACUUCUAAAAAGUACAAAUUCAAAAAACGCAAGUCGGAAAGUAAUGUUACAUAUAAAACCUUUUUCCAACAAACCAGACGAAUUUGGAAAAAUAAAACUGCUUUGUUACAAAAAUAAAACACCACAGAAUAUAGAAGAUCUUCAGAAAUUUGUUGAUUUAUUAAAGAGCAGCCGUAAAAGUAUAUGCAGGGACUACUAUGAAAGUUUUGUUAAAAUUUAUCAAAUCCGUGUAAAGUAUACCAGCAUUGUCAUUAGUGAAUUGUUCAUGUUGAAGAUGAAGAAAUGGUUAAACAAUGACAAAAAAUUAAUACAAGCAGCGAAAAACCAGUCGUUAAUUUUUGUUGAUAAUCUCUACUCGCAGGAGAGCGUUGUUUUUAAUCCUGUCCGUGCUAAUCGUCCAGGUGUAAGUGCAGGCGACACUAAAAUAUACGUUGAAAAAAUUAUCAAGGACUCGUUAAAUGGUUGUGAUUUCUGUAAUUACAAAAAGUACACAGCAUCUGAUGACUUUGGUUACAUGGAAUCAAAGUAUGCUGUUGUUAUAUCUAAUUCUUUCAAAAUCGAAAGGUACCAUGGGAUGGCAUUAUUUCGUAGUCAUGACCCUAUACACUUUACUCAAUUGCAAUACAUAGAUACAAUCAAUUUAGCAUUAAAAUGGUUUCGACGUACUAAUAAACUUGUGCCCAGUCAUCAGUACAGGAUUAUGUAUUGGGAUGUUUUACCGAAAGCCAGUGCUAGUCAGAUACAUCCACAUUUUCAUUUAACACUUGGUAAUUACGCAUAUUAUGCAAAAUGGAAUAUUUUGUACAAAGCAGGGCUCAUGUUUUCAAAACAACACGCUCAAAAAAAUUAUUGGAAGACAGUUUUAGAAGUUCAUUCUGCACUUGGGCUGACAGUCAGUUUUGGUCAAGCGUCGGUGUUGGCUUAUAUUACACCUCAAAAAGACUUUGAAGUGAUUGUCAUAUCACAGAAGCCAUGCUUAGACUUUUUCAGACUCGUAUACUUCACUAUACGUACAUUUAUAGACAACAUGGAACAGUAUUCGUUAAGUAUGGGUUUCGUCUUUCCAAAAAUGGACACAGACUAUUCGAAAGGUGAAGAGUUGCCCAUGAUGGUGCGCAUUGUGUCACGUGGUGCAGCUGAUAGCGCAAGAUCGGAUAUUAGUUCGUUCGAUUUGUUCGGAACAGCCAACGUAAAUAAGGAUCCGUUUAAAGUGAUACGAAAGAUAAGAGAAUCAGUUGAAGUGAAACAGAAGGAGGAAUUUUCGUACCCUGAAUGGGAGCAAUUUGAAUAAAUUACGUAUGGAAAAGAAGAUUUGUAUUUAUACCAAGAUUCCGUAUUUAUACAUGACGUCCUUGUAUUUAUUUGUGUUGAUGUUUUUACUCGUUUCCUCUGUGAAUUUAAAAUGUUAGAAAAGUUGUCGAUCGCCUGAGGGCGGUCCGUUAUCGUCGGUUAGGGCGCAAUAUUUUGGUACGCUGCUUCUGUACCUUUUUAUGUGCUAUAAUACGCUCUCACAUAUACGAUUUGACGCUAGUUCUGGAAAAUAAAAACCUAUCCAACUGA